AUGUGCUCUGGUCUUGUGUGCUGCAGUUGCAGAAAUAACCCAUCAGUGAGUCAAGCUCUACUACCAUCUCUGGCUUCAAUUAUGUCGUCCACGUUCCAACGGUCACGUCGUACAGUCUUUACUAUUCAUAACUAUGACAGUUCAGUAACUGGAAACUUUAACGCGUUUGUUGUACCAGCCCAUUUGACCGCUGAAGAUGUAAACGUUAUUGCUGUUGAUUGGAGCCGAGGUGCUACAAGCUAUACAUUUGGACUGAGUAACAUUCCUCAAGUCGGUAAUGUCGUUGCCCAGUUUAUCAACAUCCUUAACGAUGAUUUUGGAUACAGUCCAGAGAACAUCCGCAUUGUUGGUCAUGGUCUUGGAGCUCAUGCUGCUGGCAUCGCAGCCAGGGCCGUCAAUGGAAACAUACCUCGUGUUAUUGGUCUAGACCCAUCCCUCCCUGGAUGGACGCAUCAUCCCGAUAAACUAAGUGAAAAUGCUGCUCGACUAGUGGAAGUUCUUCACACGACUGCUGGAAUUUAUGGCUACGAUAGGCCGCUUGGACAUGUGGACUUUUACGCAAACGGCGGUAUUAAUCAAAUUGGUUGUGGGAGCGAUAUUUCUUGUUCCCACACAUACGCUUAUGUCUAUUACGCAGAGUCAAUCACCGCAGAAUCCAAUAACGGAAAUAAGUUUAUCGGAACAGCCUGCGAAUCAUACCAAGAAGCUACUGCCUUGCAGUGCUCUGGUGCACGGGAUGCCACUUUUGGUGGAACUGAUGAUAACACGAGUGCUAGCGGUAUCUACGUCUUCUUGACAAAUGCUUCACCACCUUUUGCCCGAGCGUCAACGCAAAUUCUCAACGAUGAAGAACCGCGUUACCAGUAUGCUCCGGAUUCUGACGGACAGAUACACCUAGUCGACUCAUUGACAUCAAUUAGUGAUUUUGUAAAUAUUGCUAGUAGAUACAACCCCUCUGUAUCUAACGUCUAUCAUCUUUUUACAAGACAAAAUCCUUCUUUAAGCCAGCCCAUCUUUAUCAAUAAUCCUGAUUUACUGUCGAUAACAAAUUAUAAUAGUACAAGAAGAACUGUAGUUCUCAUCCAUGGCUGGAGAAAUUCGGCUGUAUCAAGCUUCAAUAAUGUUCUUGUUCCUGCGCUUUUGGCUGCUGAGGAUCUUAACGUUAUAGUAUUAGAUUGGAGUUCUGGUGCUAGUUCUAUUGAUUAUAGAGAAGUAAAUCGGAAUUGCAUAUUAUCUGGGAUAGCUGUAGCUAACUUUAUUCAAUGGCUAAAUGAACAAAGUGGUUCUACCCUUGAACAGUAUCACAUUAUUGGUCAUGGUGUUGGUGGACAUCAGGCUGGCAUUGUUGGGAGAAAUUUGGAUCGAAAAGUAGCAUAUAUUACUGGUCUCGAUCCAGCACUUAUAGGAUGGGUGAACAGCAUUUUCCGAUUUAGACCUAGUGAUGGACUCUACACUGAAGUGAUUCAUACCAACUAUGGCAUUAACGGAUAUCUAGCCGCUUUAGCGCACGUAGACUUUUACCCCAAUGGCGGCUUAUCUAUGCCUGGAUGUGAUUCCAAUAUGUGUGAUCACGAAAGAAGUUUCUAUUAUAUGGCAGAAUCUAUUACAUCAGGAGGAUUUACAGGAACACAAUGCGCAAAUUAUUAUGCUGCUAUUUUAGGAUGGUGUAAUUUGCCGGGACGUUUACAAAUGGGUGGACUUCUACCUAAAACUGGGGAAAGCGGCGUAUAUUUGGUGGAAACAAAUAGUGCACCACCGUUUUCUCGAGGC